AUGAAGGCUGUAAUUCAAAAAGUUAUAAACGCUUCCGUAACGGUUGACGAUGCGGUUGUCUCUUCCAUUAAGAAAGGACUUUGUGUUCUCGUUGGAGUUGGUACAGAUGAUACUGUGGAAGAUGUGAACAAGCUGUGCAACAAACUUCUUAAAUUGAGACUUUUCGAAGAUGCUCAAGAACAACCAUGGAGGCAAACCAUCCUAGAUGCCCAAGGAGAAAUCUUGUGUGUCUCCCAGUUUACGUUACAUGCACGAGUUAACAAAGGUGCUAAACCAGAUUUCCACAGAAGCAUGAAGGGGCCCGAAGCUGUACAGCUCUAUGAGUCUGUGCUGGAAGGUUUAAAGGCCAAUUUGGGCAACGACAAUGUUAAAAGUAAUGUCUUUGGUGCCAUGAUGAACGUCCAACUUACCAAUAACGGUCCUGUAACUAUCCUUUAUGAUACCAAGGAAUAA